AAAAAAAAUGCAAACGCCAUGAGUGGGCAGUUGGGCACCUGUUCAUUAAUGGUGAUAAAAUCACGAUUCCGACGGUCGCAUUCACAGUUUCAGUCUCUCUAGUGCAUCAUCUUGACACUUGAUUUUUCUGGACUUAAGCUCAUCCAGCUCAAACGUUUCAUGAACCAAGUAAACCAACCAUCUCCGUACACACUAUUCGAUCGUCUUGUACUAAGACUGUCCACUAGAAAUCCGUGGCUCAUGUAGUUUCCCAGCUUUGACAUUUCGCGUAGUUACCGUUUUACUACGUAACCCAUAUCUGCGUAUGAGAAAAAAAUCGAGUCUUUCUUGAUGGUGGAAAAAAUCAAGUCUUUCUUGAUUUGAUAUGUUCUCAUCUGUAUAUUACCGCCAUUAAAUGGUAAUUACCGCGAUGUAACAGAGAUCCCAAACUUGAAAAGAACAUCCUUGUUUUAUAAAAGGUUUAUCCUAGGCAGACAUGAUAGGAGCCUUAUGCAAUCUGAGAAUCUGGGCUUUGUUUGUUUACUUUCCUUCUUUAGGUUAAAAUGGUAAAAGUACCCAUGUUUGUCAGGUUAGGCUUCUUGCUAGCUGCUUCAAUUGCAUUCUAUGCAGUGAAGCAGCUCAGUCUCAAAACCCCAAGGCAUUCCUCCAAGUCUUCUCCAGGAAAUUGCGAAGCCCAAGCCAGUAACUCAGAGGAAGAAAAAGAGCAGAGUACCUGUUCUAAGAAUUGCCUCAAAGAGAGCCGGGAGGAAGAAGAAGUUAAGUUAAUGAACAAGAUUUAUAAUCCCGCAGUGAGGAAAUUGCUGAAUACAGGAGAUGAUAUUUUUCUUGAAUUUGAACAUCUUCUAAUGGGCGAAAUGGAGUUUCCAGAUGCAGAAAAAGAUCUAAAUGAGAUAGAGCGGUUAAGAAGCCUUGUAAAAGAGCUAGAGCAGAGGGAAUUAAAGCUUGAAGGAGAGCUGUUAGAAUAUCAUGGGUUGAAGGAGCAAGAAUCAACCAUUCUUGAGCUACAGAAACAUCUUCAAAUGAAGUCAGUGGAGAUUGAUAGGCUUAAUAUUACCAUAAAUGCUCUUGAGGAUGAGAAGAGAAGACUUCACGAGGAGGUUUCUCGUACUGUUUAUGUGAGAAAGGAGUUGGAGGAAGCCAAAAAUAAAAUCAAGGAGAUGCAGAGAAAGAUUCAGCUUGAAGCAAAGCAGGCAAAAGGGCAGUUGUUGUUGCUUAAACAGCAAGUUAGCCUGCUUCAAUCAAAGGAAGGAGAAGUUUUGAAAUUAGACGUUGAGUUGGAGAAAAGUGCUAAUGUUUUAAAGGAGUUGGAGCUAGAGGUUAUGGAGCUUAAGAGGAAGAACAAAGAGCUUCAGAUUGAGAAGAGAGAAUUGGCGAUGAAGUUAGAUGCCGCUGAAGGGAGAAUAACAUAUCUCUCCAAUUUGACAGAGAGUGAAGUGGUUUCCAAAGUGAGGGAAGAGGUAGUUUCAUUGAGGCAUGCAAAUGAGGAUCUUCAAAAACAAGUUGAAAGACUGCAGAUGAACAGAUUCAAUGAUGUUGAAGAAUUAGUGUAUCUUCGCUGGGUCAAUGCAUGCUUAAGAUACGAACUCAGGAACUAUCAAACGCCAACUGGAAAAGUAUCGGCUCGUGACCUAAGCAGAAGUAUGAGCCCGAGAUCUCGGGACAUAGCUAAGCAGCUGUUGUUGGAAUAUGAAACACACUUUUCUCGCCCUUCUUCUCCUGGAAGUGAAGAUUUUGAUACUACCCCAACUACUAAUACGACUACUACUACCUCUACUGAUGAACCUACUAGUAAAAAGUCUAGCUUGAUUCAGAAAUUGAAGAAGUUCGGAAGAAGCAAAGAUAAAGCUCAUAGAGUCCCUGAAUUAGUUGAGUUGUACCCAACAUUGAUUAAGCGGGAGUCGAAAAAUGAUUCCUCACCACCCUUGAUUUCUUCCUCGUCUGACGCUAGCAGCAAUAUGAUCGGAGAAUUGGAACAUGAAUCGUCCUCUAAUUUAACUAAAGAUAACAGUUGUAUUGAUCAUGAGGUGAAGCGUGAUGUGGAAACUCAAGGUGAUUUCAUUCAGUCACUUGCUGCUGAAGUUCGUGCGGCUUCCUUCUCCAGAAUAGAUGAUCUGGUAGCAUUUGUGAAGUGGCUAGACGAAGAGUUAUCCUUCCUAGUGGAUGAACGAGCUGUUCUCAAGCAUUUUGAUUGGCCAGAAGGGAAAUCAGCUGCAUUGCGAGAGGCUUCGUUUGAGUACCAAGACCUAACGAAACUCGAGAAUCAAGUUUCGUCAUUUGUCGAUGAUCCUAGCCUUUCUUGGGAAGCGGCUUUGAAAAAGAUGUAUGAACUACUUGAGAAGGUAGAACAGUGUUUUUAUGCACUAUUGCGUACAAGAGACAUGGCUAUGUCGCGUUAUAGGGAAUUUGGCAUUCCUACAGAUUGGUUACUAGAUUCUGGUGUGCUUGGUAAGAUUAAGAUCUUAUUAGUUCAACUGGCUUGUACAUACAUGAAACGUGUUGCAUUAGAGCUGGAUGCAUUGAGUGGGGGUGAUAAGGAACCACCCAGAGAGUUUUUAAUUCUACAAGGUGUUCGUUUUGCUUCCCGUGUUCAUCAGUUAUCUGGAGGGUUUGAUGGUGAGAGCAUGAAGGCCUUUGAAGAACUUAGAAGGCGCGUGCACACACAAACUGGGGAAGAAAAGCAAGAAUGAACUUUCCUCUUUUCCACCCCAAAUUGUAUAUUUCAUCAUUUUGAUAGCUUGGUUAUAGAAAACACCAUGCUGUACUUUCAGAUUUAUAUGUAUACACAAAGAUGCAUUAGAUUAUGUAUAGAAAGAAGCUUUUCAUACAACCCCACAAAUCACUUGUCCGUAAUUCUUUUCUCUUGAUGGUGAAGCAUGGCAAUGCGCAGUCUUUUACGUAGUAUCUUGGGGUAAAAGUCAGCUAAGCUAGGCAUGAAUAAACCAAGCUAAGAACUGGUCAAUUGGUUGGAUAUGUUUAUUGGAUGUGUAUUUAUGAAAAUGGAUGUGUAUUUAUGGAAGGAUGUUUUUAC